AUGGGCGAAAUGGAUGAUGUGGCAGAGGGAAAAGGUAGCAGGACUGAAGAUGAUCAAAUGAAGAAUUUCGUGAAUUCCGGACGUAGUGGAAGACGGAAUGCUGUUCCGGAAGUGGACACGCUAGGGAUAGAUCCGGAUGCUACAAAACUUGCAGAACGUUUAUCGUCGAUGAAUACAGUUGGCCGAGAUGACUGUACCGAAAAAAAGACACAGCUAGGUAGCAAUCGAUUCGAUAUCAAUUAA